AUGGGCAACUCGGGCAGCAAAAUCAACUUUCGUAAGGCAGUGAUCGAGCUGACAACGAAGAAAUCGAAGGGCGAAGAGGACGCGUUCUGGGAGGAACUAUGGGCCGCCAAUAUCAACAGUGCCGCGGACGUUUUUGCCCUCAUCACUGCUGAGGAUGUUCGCUCGCUGCGCGAUAAUUCUCCGAACAAUUUGGCCGCUCUUUGUUAUAAAACCGUCGACCGAAUAACAGCCGCUCGUAACGCCCCGUCGAGCAUCUCGCCAACAAAGGUGCUGAAUUGUGUGCGCCUUUUGACGCGAGUUUGCCCAUAUUUGUUCGAGGAUUCAGACUGGCGAAGUUUCUUCUGGUCUUUGCCACCAGCCGAGCAAAAUGAGCAAGUUCCUCAGCAGCCACUGGCCUGCACACUGAUAUCGGUGCUCACCGACCUGCUCUUCUGCCCCGAAUUUACAGUUGCUUCUCUUGGCACUCGUCCGGAAGGGUCUGACGAUUUAAGUGCGAUAGACAGCUGUGAAUAUAUCUGGGAAGCAGGCGUUGGAUUUGCGACAAGGCCGCCACAAAUUACUGAGCAUGAUCAGCGUCGAACCGAGAUCCUUAAACUUUUGCUUACCUGCUUCUCGGAAGUCAUCUACGCUCCAGUUGUUGGUAAAGAUGUGAACAGAAUGCGAUGGAUAGCACGGUUCACGUCUGCAGAAAACCGUCAUGUUUUGCCGCUUUUCACGUCUUUCUUAAAUGUCGUUUGCGCUUAUGACCCGGUUGGUUACGGUGUACCGUACAAUUAUUUACUUUUUACGGAUAGCCGAGAACCACUUGUACAAGCAGCGCUACAAGUGCUGAUUGUCUGCUUGGACAAUGAAACGCAACCGCAGGACAAGAAAAAUGAGUAUGCGGACAAUUUUUUCAUCAAUUAUCUGUCAAGGAUUCAUAGGGAGGAAGAUUUCGAAUUUAUUUUGAAAGGUAUGACACGUUUGCUGACGAAUCCUCUGGUUGCUACAUACUUGCCGAAUUCCACGAAGAAGAUAACAUUUCAUCAAGAACUUCUGGUUUUACUGUGGAAAUGUUGUGAAUACAAUCAGGUGAAGAAAAUUUUUUGGUUAAUGAAAAAUUUCUGGGUAAAGUUUUAG